AUGGCCUCUCGGAAGCGGUCGUCGAAUACGCAAGAUGCUGAGACUGAUGUUCAAGUUCAACCUAAGAAAGCCAAAGUCAAUGCCGGUGAGAGCACCCCGAAAGUGGAUGCGAAUGGAGACAAGUACUGGGAAAUAUCCAAGAUGCGCCGCGUAACUGUCUCUUCAUUUCGUGGCAAGAAUAUGGUCAAUCUUCGUGAAUACUAUGAGAAAGAUGGGCAAGAGCUCCCAGGAAAAAAGGGAAUUUCUAUGCCAGUAGCUCAAUUCGCUGCUUUUCUCAAAAUACUCCCCGACAUUGAGGAGGUUCUCAAGGAACAGGGCGAGUCGGUACCGAGACCUGUCUAUUCCGCAGAUGGACCUCAAUCUGAUGACGAUGGUGACGAUGAUGUUGGUGCAACUCGCAGCAAAUCCAACAAGGCUGCUAGUCCUUCUAAACAGAACAUCGAGGCUACCAGUGAAGAGGACGAGAGCGAAGCAUGA